AUGGGAAAGAAAGAAGGAAAGUCUUCAAAUCCUAUGGAGGUGUAUAGGAAAGAGCAAAAGAAACGAGAGGGACAUAAGCAUAAACAAGAUAAACAAAAGGCGAAGGAAAGGAUAUACUUAACUAAAGACAUUGAGGAGGUUAAAGGUGAACUAAGACGACUCGGUCAUUCUGAGAAGGACAAACAGCAGCGAGCACUACUGAUGGGUGUACUAGAAAAACGAGGUGUGGCCACAGGAGGUACAGAUCAUCUAUCAGAGAGCAAGCCGACACAGACAGGGGCUCAGUAUAGACCUGCACCACCUCCACAGUCACCAGCAGGCAGACCAACACCACCUCCACAGUCACCUGCCAAGAGACCUCCAAGUGCAAUGCCAUACCCACCGACGAUGAUGCCAGGUAUGCCACCGAUGAUGCCAGGUAUGCCACCUAUGAUGCCAGGCAUGCCUAUGAUGAUACCGGGUAUGCCACCGAUGAUGCCAGGCAUGCCUAUGAUGCCGGGUAUGCCACCUAUGAUGCCAGGCAUGCCGCCAAUGAUGCCAGGCAUGCCGCCAAUGAUGCCAGGCAUGCCGCCAAUGAUGCCAGGCAUGCCAAUGAUGAUGCCGCCUCCCCCAUUGCCACCACAACUUCUAUUUGCAAACCAAGAGGCCACUGUAGAGAAGCCAAAAGAAGAAGAAGAGGAGCCUAUUAUAAUCAACCCAAACCUAAAGAGAAUGAAGCCUGCAGCACCAGUCAAGAAACUGCCGGCACCAACUACAACAACACAAACUCAACCAUCGUCUUUAGAGUCAAAGAAGGAAAAGGAGGAUACUCAACAACAACAGUCACCGCCACAACCAAAGUCAGAGGAAGAGUUGGAUGAAGGCUACGAAGCGUUCAUGAAGGAGAUGAACGAGUUGGAAAGCGGGAGCCAUUAA